CCGCAGGUGGCGCGCUGUCCUGCCACCUCGUGCUGUGCAGAAGGCCCGCGAAUGUCUCUUCUCAUUGUGAUUUCUUGCUGAUUUACGCUAACUUUGAUUUCUAAUGACUCGGUGUGUUUGUAGAGUGUGCACAUUUGUAACACGAGCCCGCGUGCACUGUAACAAAUGAUCGACAGGUGUUGGCGGGUUUGCACACAUUUGGCUCGCGGGACGGUCAGCUCUCAGAGUGUGCAGCGCUGUGUGGGAUUAGUUUCCUUAACUUAACGCAACUUUUUUUUGCAUUGUUUUUGCUGGUUUUCGUGCUGUACAGUGAGUCACGCAACAGAAAGUAAACAACGCUGCCUGUGGACAAGGUCGCGCGCGCCUGAGGGCGCCAUGGACCUGCUGAGGGAACUGAAAAGUUUCAAUAUGACACUCAAACUUCUCCAAGAAACGAGGAUCGGCAUGUCUGUGAACGGUAUCAGGAAGCACUGCACAGACGAGGAAGUCAUUGCCUUGGCAAAAGUCCUCAUUAAAGACUGGAAAAGACUUCUGGACUCUGAGAAAGCUUCAGAAAUGAAGAACGGUUUGGACUCCAGCAAACCAGCAGUGUCUCCAAACAGCCCCCCCUCUGAGACUCAGAGCAGUCACAGGAGACUGGAUGUCAACCCCAAACACGACUCAGAUCCUGACAAAAAACACCCCGAUAGAAACAAAAAAGAAAAACAUUAUGACGAACACAAAAACAAAAAGAUCCACGCAGACGACCCCAUGGAUGAAAAGCACCUGGAAGAGCCCCAAAAUGAGAAACAUCCCCAAGAAAUCAGAAAAGACAAGCAUUCACAAGAACUGAAAAAACAAACACAUGCAGAGGACGUCCAAGUGGAAAUUGAUAACAAGAAACAGAAGCAUGAAGAAGACCUGCAGAGUGACAAACACAAGCCAGAACCACGGAAGGAAAGAGCGCCAUGGGAACCAAAGAAGAUGAGACACACUGACGAAGUUGAAAAGGAAAAACAGCCAGAGGAGCUAAAGAAGCACAGCUAUGAUGACAUGAAGAAGGACAAACACAGAGAAGAAAGCAGACACGAGAGGCCGAUGUACUCGCCGCAUCGAGAGAAACCUGAACCCCAGAGAGAGAAACCUGCUGAUGUUCACAAACCAAUAUUUGAAAGGAAGGAGUCAUCAGACUCUAAACCUGCACCACAGAAGAAGACGUCAGAUCAUGUGAAGAAAGACAGGAAAGAGUCAUCAGAAAGCAAAGUGCAUAAAAAACACUCAGAUGAAGCCAAGAGAGAAAGGAAAGAUUCAUCUGACUCAAAACCCCCACCUCCCAAAAAGCCCAGUUUGGAUGUCAAAAAGGAAAAGCACAGGAAGGACUCCUGCGACUCGAAGCCUGCCCAGCCUGUGAAACGUCAAUCAACUGACUCCAAGCCUGACAGACGGGAAUCCAUUGAUUCAAAGAAAAGCAGCUCACCACCAGCAAAGAAGCUAACAGAUGAAAGAAGAGAGUCUCAUGGCUCCAAGACUUCUCAGCCUGGACCUCCACAGAGGAAGCCCUCUACCGACAGCAUGGAAAGGAAGGGCAAAACCGAUGCCCCUAAAACUCCCACCACCCCGACCAGCCCCAUGUCACCCGGCUUCAGCUCUCCCGGGGGUCCGCUGCCCCCUCACCUCGCUACCGGAGAGACCGUCAGAGACAAAUGCAUUGAGAUGCUGGCAGCUGCCCUGCGCACAGACAAUGACUACAAGGAUUUUGGAACUAACUGUGACAUCAUGGCUGCAGAGAUCGAACAUCAUAUCUACCAGGAGAUAAAGGCCACAGAUAUGAAAUAUAAAAACAGAGUCCGGAGCCGCAUCAGCAACCUGAAGGACCCGAAGAACCCUGGGCUUCGCAGAAACGUCCUCGCAGGAAGCAUCGACCUGGGCCGCAUCGCCAGCAUGUCUGCUGAGGAGAUGGCCAGCGACGAGCUGAAGCAGCUGAGGAACGUUCUCACCCAGGAGGCCAUCAGGGAGCAUCAAAUGGCCAAAACUGGCGGCACCAGCACUGACCUGCUGCAGUGCGGCAAGUGCAAGAAGAGGAACUGCACCUACAACCAGGUGCAGACACGCAGUGCUGAUGAGCCAAUGACCACAUUUGUUCUGUGUAAUGAGUGUGGUAACCGCUGGAAGUUCUGCUGAUGCCUUCCAGAUGAAACUACAUUUGAUUCUGAGCAUAUUGAACUGCAUCAUUUUCUAUAAUGGGAGGGGAGGGAGUUUAUAAAUUAUUGCAGCUAGUGAUUUAAACAGAUACGUGUUUUUACGAUUUUUACUUGAAUUUUUUUGCGAUUUGUAAGCAUGUGCUAAUAAUCAGGGUUUGCUUUAUGUGGAAUUAAAGACUGAGCAUGAAAUGUUAGUUUGAUGACUGUAAACACGUUGAUACUGAUCAUGGUGCUGUCCUGAUGGAAAGACCAGUCAAUAUGAUACAUCAUACUACAGCUUUUCACUUUGUAUAUAACUAAUAAUCCAAUUAAAACUGCAUAAAUAAUCAGUAUUCUGGCUUUUCAAACUCACAUUUAAUAAAAAAAAAACUGACAAUGAGUCUUACUCAG